AUGGAGGCCCCAGAUCGAACCUCGAGAUCACGGUCACGGAUUUUGGGCCGUUCUCCUAUGUUCCGCUUUUUCCGAAGCUUGGUGGGCAGCAAGGGCAACCCAAAGAGCUCGGACAAGGCCCUGGCCAGGGGCCAGUUGUGCCUGCUACAAGAACAGGAUACCACCUCCCUGAAGACGGGCCUCCAGGGGGACUCCGGGUGGAGGGAGCCAGGGCCCCUUGCCUCGCUGCCCUGUACCUUCUCAGUGGCCGUGCCCAGGGGCUCCGCACACCUGUUACAGCACGAGGCCUUUGGGCUGGGCAUGGGGGACAUGGGCUCCCAGACCACUAACCCCAAGGAGGUCCUGAGGCUUACAGCCCAGUGCGUAGAAGUGAAGCCAUUCCUUCCCGGAAGAAGCCUGGAGGUGCUGGGCAACAUGUCAGAGAAGAAAGAGAACCGAGAGAAGGAAGAGGAGCCAGCAGGGGAGGCCUCGGGGGAUUCAGGGGAUUUAGAUAGGAGCCACUGUGCCCAGGCCCUGGAGGAGGAGCAAGAAUGCCUGAGGUACACGGAGCUGCUGGAAGUCAGCCCAGAGGCCUUCAGCAGGGAGGAGGAGGAGGAGGAGGAGGAGGAGGAGGCGUGCCUACUUGAUGGAGACCUCAGGCUGGCCUCUUCCAAGGCAGGAACUCCCUGGAACCGCCUCCUUGGUUUGUACAAGCAGCUCCAGAAAUCAGCCAUUGUCAAGGAGAAAGGGAAGGAAGAGGAAAUGAAGGAAGAGGACAAUUCAUUCAAGCUCUGUGUCCCAAGAAUUAUUGGCUUCCAGUCACCACUGCACAAGACUUUUAGGUCCACAGAUACAGUGGGUUUUGUGGAGUCGGAGUUGAAGAAACUUCUGGCAGUACAGCGAGAGGCUCGCCUCUGGAAGAUGGGCAGCCUAGAGGGCCGGGAGCUGCUGACCUGGCCAGAGAUCACCCUGGAGGAGGCUGGCAUGGUGGAUGGCCAGCUUCUGCUCCUCGAGGAGAUGGAUGAGAUGGGAAACUGGCCUCCUCCGGAGUGAGGCCCCUGCUGGCCAGAGUCUGUCCUGUCCCACACCCCUGGGCCCACUUGUAGUAGGAACACGUUGCUCUUCCAGGACACAUCCAAGAAGCCCCUAGAGCCUGGGGGGGCUUUGGAAUGAACAGUGUCCACGCA